GGGGGAUGGAAGGAAAAGGGAGGGAGGAGUUAGUCUCAUGUGAGGGCAGGCAUAUGUCCGCCUGCUAGAAAUCUCAGAUUUUCCUCUAGCAGCGAGAAGAGGGGAGAGAAGAAAGUGAGCGCCGCCUGCCCUCACAUCCAGUUGCCAUGCGACUCAAACUCCAAAUCAAAAGGAAUUACCUCAACCACCGCCGGUCGCAUUAUAAGGAUGUGGCUGACUCUUCUUUACAGUUGCACCGGUGGAGCAGCUCUCCUGUAUGCUCUGUACAGAUGGGUGAUUCCCGCCACUGUGCAGUAUCAUGGAGGAUUGGCGCUGAUGUGGCAUGAUGUCAUUGUGGAGCGGUUGCUGGACACUGUGACCCAGUCCACACGUCCUCAGCGGCUCCUGGGUGCAGUACAGAAGAACGCCACCAGAGGGGACCCUCGCAGCGUGGUCAAAGCCAUCGAUCACUUCUGCAGAAACCAGGAGUGGGCCAUGAAUGUGGGGGAUGAGAAAGGCUGCAUUCUUGACUCAGUUGUAUCUGAGGUAAACCCAGCCACUGUGCUGGAGCUGGGAACCUACUGUGGCUACUCCACGGUGCGGAUCGCCAGCCUGCUCCCCCCUCACGCUAAACUCAUCACUCUCGAAUUCAACCCGGACUUUGCUGCGAUUGCUCGUCAAGUGAUCGCUUGGGCCGGAUUAGAGCAUAAGGUCCAGUUAGUUGAAGGGGCAUCUGGUGACUGGAUCCCUAAAAUGAAGGAGCAGUUUGGGGUGGAAACAUUUGAUUUAGUUUUCCUGGAUCACUGGAAGGAUCGUUACCUCCCCGACACACACCUGAUGGAGGAGUGUGGCCUCCUCAGGAAAGGCAGCGUCCUGUUGGCAGACAACGUCAUCUGCCCCGGAACUCCUGACUACCUGGAAUUUGUCCGGAGCAGCCCACGAUACAAGAGCCAGUACUUCAAAUCUCACCUGGAGUACACCAAAGUGGAGGAUGGCUUGGAGAAGUCUGUCUUCUUAGGGUAGUUUUUAACAAAGAAAAGUGUCAUGUUUUUACACAGUAAAUCAGAACCUCUUGUUGUCUUGGGUUCACUGAGCAGACUUAAAAUGUGGUGUUAAAAACUGUUUUUCUAAUACGUGAUAGAGUCUUGAAAUUAAAAGAAACGUG